UUGCAGGCACUCAUAAUUCUAAAAUUGAAAAGAAGAAGAAAUGGCUUCCUGCAUAUCACCAAUUCCGCCUUUAUCUCUUUCUCUCCCCUUCUCCAAAAGAGAUGGCCGCGCCUCUCUCUCAUGGUCAUCUUCUUUCCCUAACAUCAAGCUUGCCACACCUACCUCAAUUCUCUCCUCUUCAUCUCGCACUCCGAGACAGGGUUUCGUUGUUCAAGCUGCUUGGACGCGGAGAUCUCGUAGUGAAGCUGCUAAGAGGCCUAACAGGAAGUCAUGGAAACAGAGGACAGAUAUGUAUUUGAGACCAUUUCUGCUGAAUGUGUUCUUUUCAAAGCGAUUUAUCCACGCAAAAGUGAUGCAUCGAGGAACCAGUAAAGUAGUGUCUGUUGCCACUACAAACUCCAAGGAUCUGAGGAACACGCUGCCAUCCCUCACCGACAACAAUGCAUGCAGAGUUAUAGGAAAUCUGAUUGCCGAGAGAUCCAAGGAAGCUGAUGUAUAUGCAGUUGCGUUUGAGCCAAAGAAAAACGAACGAAUUGAGGGCAGACUUGCCCUUAUUCUUGACACAAUACAAGCGAAUGGUAUCAUAUUCGUUGACUAGGACUUCAACAUGCCUUGGCUUCUACUGCUCUUUGGUGUCUGAUGGCUGCAAGCAUUCUGAGGAAACAAGAGUAGAAGGAAUAGGUUUCUCGGUCCUCGGUUCUCACCAAAUGUCAAAAUCUUGAAGCAUCAAAGGCCCAUUACUCAUGAGAUAUUCAGCAUAGGGAUGUUUAGCAGAUGACACAAUGUUGAUGGUUGGUGUUGCUUUGGAGUGUAUUAGGAUCAAUGUAGUAUGGAGAAGAGUUUCCAGUUGUGCAUUUGUAAAAUGUUUUAUUAACUUUUCUCUUCUUAAAAACUUUAUUUGGUUGCGUA